GAGCGACAAGCGAAGGCAUGCAUGGAGAUUUGUCCAAUCACUCUCCAUUCGAAGGCCUUCAUCCGGAUUGACAGAUCGCUGUGAGAAUGCUCCCGUUCGCCACAUCAGAUCAAGGUCAAAGUGAAUGCGACGCUAUGAUUACUCCUGACGCUGGCUUGACGUAUUUUGACGCAGACAAGGGAUUCAUGCGGCAGCUUAGCUCCGGUCAUUGCCUGUGCAUAUCUUUCCAUAUUGAUCCUCGCAGGGUUUCGAAGCGUUCUGAUCUACGGUAUCCCAACUCGUAUCCACCAGGAUUAGCUUUACAGGGAGUACCUAACGUUCGGUCUGUCCACAGGCGAAUCUUAUCCACGCCUCUCAUGGGAUAACAUUUCCCUCCCCUCGCCGGCCGUCCCGAAUGUCCACUCGAUCAGAAGAUACAUGAGCCGCACGCAAUUCUACAG